AUUGUAUUCGAAGGAGUACAUUCACAAGUGUUCUUUAGAUAUGCUUACGUCUGUGUUGUGUAUCGCUUCACUGGUAACUCUUCUCGAUGCUCAUAUCUCAAUAAAGAAAGAAAGAUUUGAACCAUUGUCAGAUGACAUCAUCUCGUAUAUCAAUCAACAUGUAGGUUCUUUUUUGUAGUAAUGUAUGUUCUGACUGUGUAUGAUCGGUUGGAUUAGAAUAGAUCUACUACUUUAUGAUGUAAGUAGCUUGUGUACGAAACGAGAUUUGAUUGAGGAGAAUGUGCAAUCAAUCAGAUGAUUCCUCCUCUUAGCAACUAGAAUUCAUUUAUAAAUUAUUUAAAAUGACAUGUUACAUUGUUUCGUACGCCAUCAGCCUAAUACUGAUUUCCUUUCACAUAUCUAAUUUCAAUACAACAACUGACGGUUGAAAGAAAAAUAUCUCAAUCUUCAUAUUUGAAUUCCACUUUUAGUUCAAAAUUCUCAGAAUAGUUUCUCAUUCCAUCAUGAUUUCAACUUUUUCAUUCUUCAGCCAAAUGCUGAAUGGAAAGCUGAGAAAAGCAAACGUUUCCACUCACUGGAUGACGCACGCAUUCUGAUGGGUGCAAGAAGAGAGGAACCAGAAUUAAGAAAGAAGAGACGUCCCACAGUUGACCAUAAUGAUUGGAAUGUUGAAAUUCCAUCAAGUUUCGAUUCAAGGAAGAAAUGGCCUCGUUGCAAAAGUAUAGCGACCAUUCGUGAUCAAUCACGAUGUGGAUCAUGUUGGGUGAGUUCUAAUGAUCGCAUUAUUUGAAAUAUGUAUACAAUGAUGGUAUGAGUAUGGAUAUUUCUACACAUCAGUGAGUUUGUAGGAGAUCUCACCAAACGUCAGACAGUAUCAGAGACAGAUUAUCUAGAGAAAUUGUUUUUUUGAAUGCUAUAUGACAUCACAUAGGUCAAUUUGGAGUAUCACAUCUGUGAAUAUAUGUCCGGUGAAUAAAAUAACUAACGAAACAGAUCAUAUUAAACUCAGAUGGCUAGUAAAUGUCGACCAGUCAUUCCACGUAAAUACAUUACAAAUCUUAAAACGUCAUGGUGUUUUCAUUGCUCUUUUCCAGGCUUUCGGUGCUGUCGAAGCCAUGAGUGAUCGAAUCUGCAUACAGUCACGUGGCAGACAACCUGUGGAACUAAGUGCUGUGGAUCUAGUGAGCUGCUGCGAAGGUUGUGGAUUUGGUUGUGAAGGUGGAUUCCUUGGUCCUGCUUGGGAUUAUUGGGUAGAGGAAGGUAUUGUUACUGGAAGUUCCAAAGAGAAUCACACAGGCUGUCAACCAUAUCCAUUCCCAAAAUGUGAGCAUCAUGCCAAAGGAAAGUAUCCUGCAUGUGGUGAAAAACUCUACAAGACUCCUCGUUGUAAACAAACUUGUCAGAAAAGUUACAAAAUCCCAUACGCUCAAGACAAGCAUCGGGGUAAAUUGUCCUACAAUGUUGCUGAUGAUGUAUUGUCUAUUCAAAAGGAAAUCAUGAAGUAUGGACCAGUAGAAGCAGCCUUCACCGUUUAUGAAGAUUUUCUCAAUUACAAAUCUGGGAUCUAUAAACAUCUUACUGGGGGACCAGUUGGUGGGCACGCCAUACGUAUAAUCGGAUGGGGUGUAGAAAAGAAGACUCCUUAUUGGUUGAUCGCGAAUUCAUGGAAUGAAGAUUGGGGUGAAAAUGGAUAUUUCAAAAUACUACGUGGUUAUGAUGAGUGUGGCAUCGAAUCAGAAGUAACAGCUGGCCGUGUUAACUAAUUACACAAUCUUUAAACAUUAUCAUAAAAUGUCACUUAGAGUUAAUUAAGUCAUUAAAAAUGUAUACUGAAUAAUUUUGAGUAACGUUCCAUAUUCAUAUUAUUGUUUCAUUCAUUUCAUAUUAUAAAUAAACUGUUGCGGACUCU